GACUUCUCACUGAAUCCUGAAAUUGUGGCACUUGAAAAAUGUGUUUAUUGUGUUCUUUUUCAGGCAGCAAGAAUUAUUGCCAAAUUGGCUGCAUGGGGGAGGGAGCUUAUGGAAGGCAGUGACUUGAAUUAUUAUUUCAACUGGAUUAAAACUCAGCUCAGUUCACAGAAACUACGUGGUACAGGGGGUUCUGUGGAAGCCGGAGCAGUCUCCACUAGUGAUAGUUCCCAGUAUGUACAGUGUGUUGCUGGAUGCCUGCAGCUGAUGCUCAGGGUCAAUGAAUAUCGCUUUGCGUGGGUAGAAGCAGAUGGAGUAAAUUGUAUCAUGGGAGUCUUGAGCAACAAAUGUGGCUUCCAGCUCCAGUAUCAGAUGAUUUUCUGUGUGUGGCUGCUGGCAUUUAGCCCUCAAAUGUGUGAAUAUCUCCGUCGAUAUAAUAUUGUUCCAGUGUUGUCAGACAUUCUUCAGGAAUCUGUCAAAGAGAAAGUAACCAGGAUCAUCCUUGCAGCGUUUCGGAAUUUGUUAGAGAAAUCUACCGAGAGAGAAACUCGCCAAGAAUAUGCUCUUGCCAUGAUUCAAUGUAAAGUUUUAAAGCAGCUAGAGAAUUUGGAUCAGCAGAAAUAUGAUGAUGAAGACAUAAGUGAAGAUAUCAAAUUUCUGCUGGACAAACUUGGUGAGAGCGUGCAAGACCUGAGCUCCUUCGAUGAGUACAGUUCUGAGCUCAAGUCAGGAAGACUGGAGUGGAGUCCUGUACACAAGUCUGAGAAGUUUUGGCGGGAGAAUGCUGUAAGACUAAAUGAGAAGAAUUAUGAACUACUAAAAAUCUUGACAAAACUUCUGGAGGUUUCUGAUGACCCACAAGUGCUGGCUGUAGCUGCUCAUGAUGUGGGAGAAUAUGUACGACACUAUCCUCGUGGGAAACGAGUGAUUGAACAACUUGGUGGUAAACAGCUGGUAAUGAACCACAUGCAUCAUGAAGACCAACAAGUUCGUUAUAAUGCGCUACUGGCUGUGCAGAAGCUGAUGGUUCAUAACUGGGAAUACCUUGGAAAGCAGUUGCAGUCAGAACAGCCUCAAACGGCGACCGCACGGAGCUAAACACUUCAUCAGUUCAUUCCCAUAACUACAGUAUGUUUGUCUUUAAUACCAAGAAAACACUGAAAUAACAUGUUCUUCACCCGCUACUGGCGCAUAAACUUUCCAGCUUUCCUCCAGUGUUGGUGGCUUAGCAAAAAUUUGUUCAACUAGUUCUGAUGAUUAUGCCUAUUAGCUUCCUGUUCUAUUCUGAAUGUAUAUGAGGAAAUGUGGCUAAUAUAUUGUGUUUGUUUUAUGUAUUUAUUCUCAUAAUAAAGAACGUUAU